UGGAUAGAUUUUUAUUGUUGUUGUUGUUGUUGUGAAGAAGAAAGUGAAAUGGGUGAAAGUGAACGAGAAUUGACACUGUUACACUUGCGGAAAACAUUCAGCGAAUAUUGUCGUGUGCCGUUGACUGGUGCAGAUGCGAACACCGAUCGAAAGUUCGAUCGUGUAUUGCCACUGUUCUGCAAGGUGAUGACAAUGUAUCCAUGUGCAACCGAUAUAGUCGCACAAUUCAAAGAGAUCUGCUCGUUCAGCGGUCAUCUGUGCCGUCAUUUGGUGCAAGAGAUGCGUGUUCGUGCCGCCGAGCUGAGCACCGAUCAUGCCGCAUUACAUAUCGCCACAUUCUUAUCACCAGUUACGAAUGAUUCACGUGGCUGGCUACUUCUUCAAUCUGCACACUAUCUAGUUUCUACGGGUCAUUUGCCGGUGAUAGAUGCUGUUUGUAAGGCGUCAUUACCGUCAACUCUAGUGAAAGCGUUGUAUUUAUUUUUUGAUUUACCCUCCACAUCCGACCAGAAAAUAAUCGAGCUUCGACGUAUGGUUUUUAAUCGUUUUCUCAAAAUAAGUAAUGUUUUGGACGAAUUCAAAUUUGAAGUGGAUGAAAAGAAUUUUUUGCAGUUGAUGGAAAAACUAUGUGAAUAUAAAUGUGUCGGUGAAGAGUUGGCACGUAAGGACGAUCUAUUUUUAUUGUUUGUUGGUGCAUGUUGUACAUGCCCAGUUGAGAAUGUGGCAUGGCGUAAGGCCGCAUCACAACUCCUAGUCACACUCAUUUCGAAGGCGUUGACACCGGCUGUCAUUAAGUAUAUUCAUGGUAAACAGUGUAUAGCGCAUUUUCUCUCAAAUAUCUCCAAUGAAGAUGCACACUUGAGCGUGCAAGAACGUGUGGAAAUGAUCAUCUGUUUGUUAUGUGUUAUCAAGGAUUCAGCCUCGUUAACACCGGUCAUUCUACAGGACUUUCAGCAGUUCAAUGGCUACACUAUCCUGAAGCAAUUUGUCCUUAAGUAUUCUUUUUUUUAUGAAUAUGAAGAAGAUGGGAUUCGUAAUGUUUUGCUGAUGCUAAUGAGUGUUGUAACAUCGGGUCUGGUUGAGCUUCGACCGCUAUCCUCACCAUCACUGGUCGUGCUGCCCUCUUUCACACUUCCUUCGCCUUCGGGCAAUGGUCUCUCAGUUCGAAAUCUCGACGCUUUCCGUUUACUUUUUCAAAUUUUUGUUGAGUGUAAAAAUGAGCGUAUUUGUGAAACAGUGAUCGAUGUUGUUCACAAUAUUUAUGCAUCGGAUUCGGCCAAUUACUUCAUCAUCGACAGGGAAUGCUCGCUGGCACAGUUUGUUGAGAACAUGCACUCAAAAGGAACACAAGUGCAGCGAAAAAUUUUGGAAUUACUCGAAUAUGUUGUGUUUCAUCUGAAUCACGUGCCGUGUAAAGAACUGAUUGCAUUGAGUGUACUGUUGAAAACGCAUACGGCUGCUGGCAAUCUUUCGUGUUGUGAACUAUCGUUGCAGAGUGCGUUUAGAAUUCUUUCGGCCAACACGAUUCUCAAAGAUGCAUUCCGUGAAGUGGGUCUUGUCGAGACGUUCACAUGGAUAAUGAUUCAUUACGUUACACUUCUGAAAGAGCAAACGUUGUCGGACGAGCAAGCUCGAAUUGCGUUGUUGAGCACCGAUAUUUUAGCACUUUCGAUAAGUGGUAACAACAACAAUUCCAGAGUUUUUCGUGAAAGUGCUGGUUCAAAACUACUUGUCGAUUUAAUCUGCAUUGAUAAUGGUGAAUGGCGAGCAUCUGCUUUGCAGUUGAUCAAACAGUUGUUGAUAUUGGCACAUAGCGAGGAGCAAUUGGCCGCUCUAUUAAUGAUACUUCAUGCGCCACCGAACGAUAGUUUAGAGUUGAAAUCUGUGAUAUUGAAAAGCUUAUUGUGUGUGCUACGUGAAAGUCACAAGGUACGUGUGAUGUUUCGACGUGUUGGCGGAUAUUUAUGCUUAAUUUCGUUACUACUUUCGGUUGAAGCGAAACUGCAUGAACCAUUGCAAUGGCAUCAGGAUAAACCAAAAACACAAUCUCAGCAAGCACUUGCAACAUCGUCAUCUGAAUCGCAGCCACAAGUCGACGAAUCCAUCAGUGCUGUUGCUAACGCGUCAGUGACAAGCGAUCAAAAACUCUUCAAACAACAACAACCAACUGCUGCAACGAAUGACAACGAGAGUACCAUUCGAAGUGAUAAUAUAAAAGGAAAGGAAAAUAUUUAUGAACGAAACGAUAAUAUCGAUGAUGAUGAUAAUGAUAAUAAUAAUAAUGGCACUUCUGAUGAUGACGAAACAAAUAAAUUGCCUCAAGAUUGCUUAGGUUUAUUGGAAUUUAUGCAUAUUAUCUUCAAAGUGUUAACAAUAAGUAUGCGCUAUGAGCCAUCCAAUGCAAAGUAUUUCUCAUCAGAGGUGAAAUGGGAUAAUUUAUGUAUAGCGUUACGCGCUAGUGGCGCGUUUGAUGAUUGGUCAGAUUGUGUGCAAAGUGCUUCAUUAACAGAUGAGGAGGAUAUAUGGCGGUCGGAUGCGAGCACAUUGAGAAGUCGUAUUGCGGCGUGUCAUCGAGUGUUUCAACAUUGCGAACAAAUUCACUCGUGUACGCGACCAGCUCGUAUGCCAGCAUCAGUGUUUUUCGCUUGUUGCAUUCUACGAUUCUUGUUCAAUAUGGCUCUUGACAACUAUGAGAAGUUCGUUUUUUAUUAUUCAAUCAAAUGCAUUUGA